GGGAAGGAGAGUGUGCUGAGGGCCUGCCUUUCUCUGGGCAGGCGAGUCCCAACAGCAGGCAGACAGGUGAGGCUGACCCAACAGGUUCCUGAGGCCGGGGGCAAAGGGGUGGAGCAUGGCUCUGACAUAGGGUGACAACAGGCCUGGGGCCCUGCCACACAGGGCAGGCGGGGCGGCAGGCAGGCCUGCUGGGAUCUUCUUCCUGCCGUGGCCAGCCCAGGGUGCAGGCCAUGGAGCCUGCUGGAGGGUGAGAGGAGCCGGUGGGCGGGCGCGUGUUCGGAGGCCCGGGGCCUGGAGGCCUGGUGCCCAAAGCAUGGCGGGGCCCCUGAGGAGCCGGGUGGACGAGCUGAAGCGACCCUGGUGGCGGGAGAGCUCCCCACUGGUGCUGCAGCACAGCGAGGCAGCCCGGCUGGCAGCCGACGCCCUCCUGGAGCGGGGCGAGGAUGCCUACCUGCGGGUCAUCUCCGAGGAGCGGGAGCUGCCCUUCCUGAGUGCCCUGGACAUGGAGUACAUGACCAGCCAUGCACGCGGGGGCCCGGAGCUCAGCGAGGCCCAGGGACCCGAGGCCUUGGGGCCUGACCGCCUCAGCUUGCACUCCGAAGUCACCUCGGGCACUUACUUCCCCCUGGCCUCCGACACAGACCCUCCGGACCUGGACUUGGGUUGGCCCGAGGUGCCACAUGCCACGGGCUUCAGCCCUACGCAGGCUGUGGUCCACUUCCAGCGGGACAAAGCCAAGAGCAUCAAGGACCUUCUGCGUUUCCUCUUCAGCCAGGCCCGCACGGUGGUGGCUGUCGUGAUGGACAUAUUCACUGACAUGGAGCUUCUGUGUGACCUCAUGGAGGCCUCGGGCCGGCGCGGUGUCCCGGUCUACCUGCUCCUGGCCCAGCAGCACCUGAGGCACUUCCUGGAGAUGUGCUACAAGAUGGACCUCAACGGAGGGCACCUGCGGAACAUGCGUGUACGGAGCACAUGCGGGGACACAUAUUGCAGCAAGGCAGGCCGCCGCUUCACGGGGCAGGCCCUAGAGAAGUUUGUCAUUAUCGACUGUGAGCAGGUGGUGGCGGGCAGCUACAGCUUCACCUGGCUUUGCAGCCAGGCCCACACAAGCAUGGUGCUGCAGCUGAGGGGCCGCAUUGUGGAAGACUUUGACCGGGAGUUUCGCUGUCUUUAUGCCGAGUCCCGGCCGGUGGAGGGAUUCUGCGGAGGUGAAGAUCCCCUGUCCCCCAGGGCACCGUGCCCUCCCCCAGUGGCCUUGGCUUUUGGGCCAGGAGUCCCCAGCACCACAUCCUCAUCACCCUCCAGCACCAGCCUCAGCAGCAUCAAACGCUCACCUCGCAUGGGCCACUCGUACCUCGCUCUGCCAGGAGGUGGUGACCGCACUGAAAUGGGUGUGGGGUCCUCAUCCCCCGGCCCUACCCGCUGUGAGGCUGAUGGCCAGCCCUCCCUGCAACGCCAGCUGUCAGACCCUAACCACGGCCCGCUGCUAGGGCCCUACAGGGCCAACCUGAGCAAGCUGGGGGCGUCCCCCUGGUGCCAGUCUUCCCCUGCCCUCAACCACAAUAGCACCAGCCCCGUGACCCUGGGAGGGGGGUCACCCCUGCUUGCUUGCUCUCGCCCUCUCCUCCCCUUUCCUUGGAGUGUCUCAGCUCUUCCCCGAUUACCAGAGAAUGGGGUCUCAGGAAGCCAGGAGCCUAGGCCCUCACGGGGCCGCUGGGUACCCAGCACAGCCCUGGAGACACUGGAGGAGAACAAGGCAUCUCUGAGUCAGAGCCAUGGCCAGCUGGAUCUCCUUGUUCCCUUCUCCAGAGCACGAGAAGCAGGAGGCCUUGAUUUGGGGGUGGCCCGCAACUCAGGCUCUCUUUGGCCUGGUGAGCAGGCCCCAGAGGACAGGAGGUUGGCUCCAAAUCAGAGAUACAACCAACUGGAUUUCCUGCCCCAGGCCCAGGGUGCCAGGGGAGCCCCUGAGUCAGGCUCACCCAAGGUUGGCAAUUGGACCCCAGAGGACAAGAGGCUGUCCGCAAACCACAGCCAUGGCCAACUGGACCUCCUGGUGCAGUCCCCCCAGCCUGGGGGCUCCAGAGUGCCCCCUGAAGCCAACUCUCCUGCCAGGGCUGGCAAGCAGGGUCCAGAUGAACGACGGCAGACCCUGGGCCACAGCCAGCUGGACCUCAUCACGAAGUUUGGUCCAUUCCGGGGUGAGGGGCCUGGGCCCAGUGAACUCCCUAGGUUGAGCCCUGUUCGAAAAGCUGGAGUGGACUUGGGGGAGGAGAAGCGGCGGACGCUGGGCCAUAGCCAGCUGGACCUCAUCACCAAGUAUCAUCAGUUGCAGGGCGCCAGGCAGGGACCCGAGCCCAGCCUCUCCGGGGGCCCUGCGGGUGGCCAGCGCAACGGCAACAGCAAUGGCCUGUCUGAGGAUGAGAAACGGCGGACCCUGGGCCAUAGCAAGCUGGACCUCAUCACUAAGUACAACAAGUCCAAGUUCAACUUGCUCCGAAGCCGCUUUGAGACCUAGUUGUGCUCCCAGAAAGGGACAUGUCUGUCUUCCACCUACUGUGACCAGAUUUGUUCAGGUCCCAGACUCUGGGGAGGAAGCUCGGGUAGGAACUGUAUGGGGAGAGGGAUCUAGAAGCCCAGGUUAGACAUUCCCGGGGCUCGGGAUUCUUGUUCAUAUACGCACAUGCGCACACAUGGGAAAAUGGAAUUUACAGUUACCGGGCACUUGCCACUUGUCACUGUGCUGGGCCCUCCAUACCGGUUACUUCUCAUCAUUCAUCCUCACUCACAAUACCCUACAAGAUAGAUUCUGGCAGGUAUACAAUUCUAGGACCAUAGGUAUCAUCUUUCCUAUAAUAUAAAUAUGGAAGCUGAGACCUAGUGAGUUUGAUGACUUGCUUGGAAUCAGGUUCAAGUAACUAACGGGGCUCAAAUCUUUAUUUCUUAAGAUUGUGUUUUUGCACAGAUGGGAUACACAAUAUCAAUAGUUCCCAUGUCCUCAUACACACAAAAUCCAUAUAUCAUAGAGGUGCCCUGAAUACCUGCACAGUGUACACUCCACACUGACAAGGUUCACACCCACAGACACGGUCCAUGUGAUAAACCAGAACGCUCAGGAUUCUAGUUACAGUUACUCAAUAAAUGUCACUUGGCCAAAUGAAUCCAGGACACAUUCAGUGCACACUGUAGACCCCUCAGGAUCCACAGACUAUAAAUAUGCACUUAAGCACACACACACACAUACACACUCAUGGGCAGGCAUGUACCA